AUUCUGUUUAUAAAGCUGUAGCAAUUUAAGUAAAAUGUUUUAAAAAAUCGAGGUCACUCUUUAGUAACAGGCCGGGUUUAUUACGCAUGCUCCGACUACUGUAGUCCUCACCCCGACAGAGACAAAAAAACUGAAUCGUGGCAGAAUUUCCCGAGGCUGAUGUGAUUCGAUAAAGGAAGUUUGAGAGACGACUAGGUGGGGAGUAGCCUACCAAGCGCAUAAUCUGGCAGCAUUUGGAAUGGUGUGUGUAUUUUCAUGAUCGCUUUCAUUUCAUUUCGUUACCAAAUUCCAUUUCUCUCUUCCAUUUGGCUUCAUUUUUAUUUUGCAAAGGUUUUUUUUGAGGGUUGUAGGCUCAUGCGCAUGCGUCCAUUUCCAAUAAUGCGCAAAACCGAUGUCUAUUAUCGCUAUAUUGAUCCAGGAGUUAUGAAUAUCUAUUUUGCAAUAACCAGUUGUUAUUGUUAUGAUAACGGUAGGCCUAUCAUGUCUAAUUCAUCGAAGGAGGCACAAUCGGAUUGAACGCUCACUUCUUCAAUGAUGGACGCUCUGGUUCGUGUUAGUAACAAGAAAGGACAGGACGGAGUUGACAUUGGUGAAUGACAGCGAGACAGGAUCUCUAACCACGUCCUGCUGUCUAACAUGAAGAGCAUUGAGUGCGAGCUGCAUUGCCCAGUGUGUAAGGAGAUCGUCAAGCAGCCCGUGGUCCUGCCAUGUCAGCACAGCGUCUGUCUGAUGUGUGCCUCCGAGGUCCUGGUUCAAAAUGGCUACCCUUCUCCGGAGCUGCCGCCCGAGCCCAACUCUCCUGCCUCCACCCCCAACACCCGCUCUCCCCACCAGGCACGCAGGCCCAUGCCCAGCAAGGCCGACCAUCGACCCAUUGACCGCGUGCUACGUUCAGGAUUUGGGACCUAUCUGUCGCCGGGGCGACGGCGUAAGGAACCACCCCAUGCAAUGUUAUUUCCAUGCCCGUCCUGUGGGAGGGAGGUAGAGCUGGGAGAGAAGGGCCUGACUGACUGCCUGCGUAACCUCACCUUGGAGCGCAUCGUAGAGAGGUACAGACACACAGUGAGCCUGGGCAGUGUGGCUGUGAUGUGUCAGUUCUGCAAGCCUCCCCAGUCCCUGGAGGCCACCAAGGGCUGCGCCGACUGCCGAGCCAGCUUCUGUAACGAGUGUUUCAAGCUAUACCACCCCUGGGGGACGCCGCGCGCCCAGCACGAACACGUCCAGCCCACCCUCAACUUCAGGCCCAAGGUUCUGUCGUGUCCGGAGCAUGACCAGGAGCGUCUGCACUUCUACUGUAGGACGUGCCAGCGGUUGCUGUGCCCGCUCUGCAAGCUGCGCCGCGUACACGCCGGGCACAAAGUGGCGCCAGUCGCCCAGGCCUACCAGACUCUCAAGGACAAGAUUACCAAGGAGAUGAACUACGUUCUGGCCAACCAAGAGACGGUGCUGGGCCAGAUCACACAGCUGGAGAGUGCCAUCACUCAGACAGAGGCGAACAGCGUAGCGGCACGGGAGCAGCUGUCUCAGAGCGUGAGGGACCUGACUGCCCUCCUCGCCGAGCGCCACGCCUCAUUGACCGAGGCCCUGGAGAGGGCGAGGCAGAAGCGGGGCGAGGCGUUGGCGGGCCAGGUGGCGGAGAGGCGGAGCCUGCUGGAGCAUGCAGGCCUCAUGGCGUUGUCCCAGGAGCUGCUGAAGGAGACGGACCCGCCCUGCUUCGUCCAGGCAGCGCGCCAGACACACAGCAGGUUAUCCACUUCCAUCGAGGGGCUGCAGUGUUUCUCUCUGGCCGCUGAUCCCUCCUUCAGACACUUCCAGCUGGACGUCUCCAAAGAGCUCAAACUCCUCACAGACCUGCAGUUCAUCCAGGCCCCUCUGGCCCCUGUCAUUGACACCCAAAAGACCCUGGCCUAUGACCAGCUUUUCCUGUGUUGGCGGCUGCCUCAGGAAUCCGCCCCCGCCUGGCACUUCUCUGUGGAGUUCCGUCGCCGUGGUGUGGUGCCAGGAGGCGGGGCCAGAGGUGGUAUCCAAGGACGAUUGGCUGCGGCCCGCUGGGGCUGGCAGCGGCUGGAGGAAGUGGGCGGGACCAGUGCUGUGAUUGACAGGUUGGAGAUGGACAGUGUGUAUGUGUUGAGGGUGAGAGGCUGCAACAAGGCGGGCUUCGGGGAGUACAGUGAGGAGGUGUACCUACACACACCGCCAGCACCAGUGUUAAAUUUUUACCUGGACUCUCGCUGGGGUCUCCAUGCCGACCGGCUGGUGGUGAGUAAGGAGCAGCGCUGCGCCCGGAGCGUCCCCGGUCUGUCCCUGCUGCAGGCCGCCGACCUAGCGCUCACUUCCUGUCACCUGACUGCAGACCUGCUGGUGGGCGAUGUGGCCAUCACCCAGGGCAGGCACUACUGGGCAUGCUCAGUGGAGCCCGGCUCCUAUCUGGUCAAGGUGGGGGUGGGCCUAGAGGCCAAACUACAGGAGUGGUUUCACCUUCCUCAAGACAUGGCCAGUCCCCGCUAUGACCCAGACAGUGGUCAUGACAGUGGGGCGGAGGAUUCCCUGGACUCCCCUCCCCCCUUCUCCUUCCUCACCAUGGGGAUGGGCAAGAUCUUCCUGCCCCACGGUCCCAACCAUCAUAACAACCAUGGUUGCCCCGCCAACGGCACCAGCCCUCGCCGCAGCCCCACCAUCUCCAACGGAAACAUCCCCGCCUCCUCGCCUACGGGCCUCACCUACCCCCUGCCUCCCAGGCUCGGGGUGUGCCUUGAUUUCGAGAAGGGUCGCGUCACUUUCUACGAUGCCCACUCGCUCCGUCCACUGUGGGAAGGGCCUGUCGAUUGCUCCGGCCCCGUUUGCCCGGCUUUCUGUUUUAUUGGCGGAGGAGCGCUGCAGUUACAGGAGCUUGUGGCCAAUCGUAUGGCAGACCAGACUCCAGUCAGGAGGGUCACCAUCCAAUCACGUGUCACUAAUCUGAAUAACUAGGCCAGAUUCAAUCUGAAACCACUGCGUAGCGCGCUUGACAUUUAAAGGUAAUUUCCAAUUGUGACAACAUCUGCAACGUUUACCUUGAAUGCGAUCUCCGCAAAUGCGGUGUAAAGGUUUUCUUCCAGGGGUGAAGGAGAGGACCAAAGUGCAGCGCGGCUAGUGUUAAACAUGUUUAAUUAAGAACAAGUGAACACUACAAACAACAAACAAAAUAACAAACCGUGAAAACCGAGACAGUCCUAUCUGGUGCAGAACAAACACAGAGACAGGAAAACAAACACCCACAAAAUCCCAACACAAAACAAGCCUCCUAUAUAUGAGUCUCAAUCAGAGACAACGACUACCAUCUGCCUCUGAUUGAGAACUCACACUAGGCUGACAUAGAAACAGACAAACUAGACACACAACAUAGAAUUCCCACCCAGCUCACGUCCUGACCAACUAAACACAUACAAAACAACAGAAAACAGGUCAGGAACGUGACAUGCGGUAACAUUGCCUUUAAAACGCGCAUCAAACAUCUGAGGUGAUUGAUUGGACAUAGAAUGUAAAGUUAAUUGUAAGCUAUUUACUUGGCCGGUGCAAAAAGUUAGUAACCUCAGAGAUUGUUUUGUAUUUCAUUUGUAUAAGAAAACUUGUUUUUAUUGCAACCAAUAUGCAAAUGUGUUUAACUUUACUACAUAAUGUUUUGGGGUUUGCACAUUUUAUUUAGUCGGAAAUACUACAUUGCUUAAGUAGGGGCUGUCAAAUUACACACACAGCAAUUAUGUAAUGUCUCAUUAUAUCUUUGACACUUGCGCUAUUAACCACACUAUACUGUAUAUAUUUACAGUAUAUAUGUUUAUAUUUACGCAAGAACAUAUAUAGUUUAGAAACACUUUCUCGGUCAUGUUAUGUCUGGGUGUUCAUCUAUGUCAGGGGUAUUCAAAUCUUACCCUCCAAGGUCCGGACUACUGUUGGUUCCCGUUCUACCUGAUAAUUCAUUCCACCUACCUGGUGUCCCUGGUGGAACUGGCUUUGAGGUCCAGAUUUGAAUUUGAACGAUCUAUGUUUUUUGAUACUUCAUGUAACAGGUUCCCCUUCAUUGUGUACUAACACUUUUUACACAUCUACGUCUGUGCAUCUCCAAUGGUAAAAAGUCCUGACUGUUAUUGAAAUCUUCCCACUCACUCCAUCACAACCCUAACCAAAGUGAUUUCUCUGGACUAAAUACUGUUGUAAUUGAGUAGACAGUAGAUUUAGUUAGGAGGAUAACAUGAACAUGAGGCAACACUGUAAUGAGGAACUGAAUGACAUGCUUCGGCUUCAGCCACCUUUAUCACUUGCUUCUUGAUUAAUACGUUUGUGCAUUGAUUGUUUUUCCAAUGUUUAACUUCUGCAGUGUGUGCGUGCGUGUGUGUGUGUAGGAGAAGGAGCGAGAAUGCAGUAAUUAACUUGUCUGAUAAUUAUAUUGAUCACCAUUGGCUAAUGAUAAUUUUGGCUUUUAGGGAAUAUUUUGGAAUAUUUCAAAGUGGGCUUGAUUGUAAAUAAUGAGCAGUGCUCCUUAUGAAUGAUAAGCUUUCUGGAAAUGUAGGCUGUAUCCGAAAUGGCACCCUAUUCCCUAUAUCGUGCACUACUUUCGACCAACUCGAUUUUGGGACGCAGACGAAAUGUAGACUUCUCCUGCUGGCAGAAUGUUUGUAAAAAAUAAAAAACAUAGACCAACAAUUAACUCUAAAUAAACACAAAUUCUGAAAUUAAGAAAAACCUGUCCUCCUUAUUGUUAUGGGUGGUGGUAGUAGUAGUAGUCAAACCAGCUUCAGUUCAUUGUCCUUUGCAUCUGUAUGUGUCACAUUUUCUGAGUUACUUUCAUGUCAAAACAGACUCUAGCCAUUCACUUUUUAUUUAACAUUUAACAUUUUAUUUAACCUAUUUUGUGAGGGGAACCUAAAAACUGCAUAGGGGUGACUACUGCAAGUAUUUUGACCAAUGAUGUACAGUACCAGUCAAAAGUUUGGAAACACCUACUCAUUCCAUGGUUUUUCUUUAUUAGUCAUAUUUUCUAGACUGUAGAAUAAGAGUGAAGACAUCAAAACUAUGAAAUAACACAUAUGAAAUCAUAUGUGUCUUGAAACACAGGCACGGCACUACUGGUACCAUAAUUUGCCUCAUAACGCCAGCCGGGCCCAGUCACUAAUUGAGGGACAAAUCAAUCCAUGAUUCACUGAUUAAAUAAAGUACAUUUAUUUGAAAUUCA